UGUGUGUUUGCACAUGGUUAGUUGUGACACAAUGAGGUAAAUAUUUGUUACUGUUACACUCUGAAACUGAUUAAUUUCCUAUAACAGCACACCCUGAAGUGUUUUCUUCCCACAGCAAUUUGCCAACUUUUAACAUUUUUAACAUCCAUUAAACAAUGCUUUUAUCUGUUUUCUACGUUAAUGAUGUGAAACAUUAGCUUAUUCCUCUUGUCGCUUACAUGAUAUUAGCUAUAAACGGCUAUAAAAAUGUGUUCCAACACCAGCUUCUCUUUUUAUUUUCUAUCUUGACGUUAGUAAGACAAAAACCACCAACAGCUAGCCCUCUGUCCUGGAGACACUCUUGUGUCCAAAAGCUACAGCUUAACUUCUGUUAUGAAGAACUGACACUGGAGACUCCUUCUAUUAAAAUAUAAAUAAACGUCUUCUCAUAGAAAGCGUCACACCAGUGAAUUAGCUGUUGCUAUAGAAACGAUAGCGAGCGCAUUAUCGCUGUAUAAACCUGUGAUUCGUCUUGCAGCCAGAAAUACACUCAGAGCUGCUGUUGUAGAAAAUGACCGGUCAGAUCGGGAGAACUGGACAGGUGAUACCUGGAAAACUUUAUGUGAUAAAAGUGUAACAUUUAUAGCAAGAAUACUUAAAAGUCUGACCCCACGUCUUGUCCGGCUGUCACUGGCUACUCUUUAACAGCUUGAAACCCCUCUCAAGCACUCGCCAAAUUUUUUUAGGUGUUUUGAGAAUUUGUCUCCAUUGCUCUCGGGUAAGAGUGUUAAAGAUUAUUUGGGAGUUAAGACCAAAAUAUAACUCUGAAAAGCUUUAUAAACACCGGACCAUGGUGUCCAAAGGGUAUGGAUGUAAUAUAAAACAUCAGGGUAAAGAAAAUAUAAAGUAUAAUAUGUUAGAGCCUUAAACAAAAGACCUGAUGAUGGUUCUGUAGUUCAUUUAAAGAUUUUACAGAGCGGAAGUAACUUUACAUCUCCGUGUUCAUAUACAGUCAGUGAGAAAGUGUGUUUUGAGUAUAAAAUAAUAUAAAGAUAUAUUUUCCCUCCAAGGACAUACUGGAAGAAAUCACAUUAUAGGUUUCACCUGUGUAAUAGCAUACGCUCACGUGUGCCAUCUAUACACACUAUACGUGUGUGUGUGUGUGUGUGCUGUUGUCUGUGAAAGAACCAGAUUAGAAAUAAGGAGCUAAUUCUCACUACAGCGAUACAUCACAAUCAUUAACAUGAACCACUCUCAAACCCUGACAAAAGCUCCCUCCCUGCACCCUCAUUACCCUUUACCUUCCUCAGGCCUGUGAUGACUCUUCUCUUCUUUCAUUUCUGUCCUGUUAGCGCUAAUCACUGACUUAAUGGCAUGUGCUAACGAACCACAAACAAUACUGCCUCAGACGUCUUCAUAAAGCUCUAUGGAUACCUGAAGCUGUGCAUGCCGAUUAGCCCGUUAAUGAUGAACAUUCUGACAGAGUAUCACAAUCCAGCUCUUAAAUAAACAACACGAGAAUAAAGGCGACGGGGCAGAGUAAAGGCAUCAGGCUUUGUUCGGGUCAUUUCAUCAGGCUACGUCAGAGAUCCAGAGUUGCAUAGUAUAUAAGCGAUCCUCAUUUUCUCAUCAUCAUGGAGAUCAUUAGGACCAUUACUCUAGGAGCAAUGAGACCUCUGAGUGCCUCUUCGACUAAGAAGCUGCAGCUCGUGCUCUUCCUCGCGCUGAUCACCCAGUUCACCUGUGACGCAGAGGCCAUGACGAGCUGCUGCACGCGCAAGCCGCACCCGUGCUCGCUGUACGAGUUGCUGUGUCGCGCUGGACACCGGAACCUCACUGACCCGGACGGGAAACUCGGCCGCCUGAGCAGCGACGCCGCCGCCGGGAUCCUGACGCUCGGGAAACGGAAAACGACCGAAACCCGGUACCAGGACCGACUGCAGCAAUUCCUGCACAGCUCGCGCAAUCAAGCGGCGGGGAUCCUUACUAUGGGCAAGAGACUGGACACCGAUCACACGCCCGUUAAACUGGACAUCGAGAGACCACUGAAAUACGUGAUUCAGCCUGUUGACAGAAACUCCUACGGACAAUAAUUAGUGCAGUGAUGCUGCUCUCCGUGUUUUCAUUAUUAAUCUAAUGUCUAUUAAUUAAUUAAUUAAUUAAUCUAGUGACAGCUGUUGUGAUCAAUAUUUCUGUAAAUGCACUGUAUUAUUGCACUUUUCUUUAUUAUAGUCAUGAUAUAAUUUUAACCAUCGAGUGUGUGUGUGUGUGUGUGUGUGUGUGUGUAUUAUUUCACCGAUUGGGUCAUCGUUAUUUGUGUGUAAUGCCACAACCGGCCACAAGGUGGCAGAAUUGUAUCAUAUUGUAUAGAGAGGUUACAAACUACAGUCAUGAAAUGAACAUUAAUCGUUGUGUUUACAGACAAAGAGAAGUGAUUAAAAAAAAGAAAUAAAUAAAUA